CCCCACCCCCCGGGCCAUAGCUCCACCCUUUCCCUGCAAGGCGGGAGGGAUUCACUGCACUCUCCCCAAUCACAUACGAGCCCCGAAGCUGCCCCCAACAGAGAUGGCGGCGGGGGCUUCUGUAAGGGCAGGCUGAUUCUUAACACCCUGGCGAGGCUACCGCGGGGAGAGGAGAGUGAGCAGCUCGCGAACAUGGAAGAGGAGGGCAGCAGCGGCAGCACCGGCACCGGCACGGGCACGGGCACGGGCACCAGCAGCACCGGCGGCGGUGGCACGGUCAGCGGAGGCUUGCAGCAAAGGGAGCUGGAGCACAUGGCAGAGAUCCUGGUCACCGGGGAGCAGCUACGACUCAGGCUACAUGAAGAAAAAGUGAUUAAAGAUCGAAGACAUCACCUGAAGACAUAUCCAAAUUGCUUUGUGGCCAAAGAACUAAUUGACUGGCUGAUUGAUCGAAAAGAAGCUUCUGAUAGAGAAACCGCUAUUAAACUAAUGCAAAAAUUGGCAGACCGUGGUAUUAUUCAUCAUGUGUGUGAUGAGCAUAAGGAAUUCAAGGAUGUCAAACUCUUUUACCGCUUCAGGAAAGAUGAUGGAACCUUCCCUUUGGAUAAUGAAGUCAAAGUAUUCAUGAGAGGACAGAGACUGUAUGAAAAGCUGAUGAGUUCUGAAAACACACUCUUGCAGCCGAGAGAGGAGGAAGGCAUCAAAUAUGAACGAACCUUCAUGGCAUCUGAACUUCUCGAUUGGCUGGUUCAGGAAGGAGAGGCCACCACGAGGAAUGAAGCAGAGCAACUUUGCCAUAGGCUUCUGGAACACGGUAUCAUCCAGCAUGUGUCCAAUAAGCAUGCUUUUGUGGAUAGCAACCUUCUCUACCAAUUCAGGAUGAAUUUCCGUCGAAGAAGAAGGCUAAUGGAACUGCUCAAUGAAAGAUCUCCCUCCUCCCAGGAAACCCAUGACAGCCCAUUUUGCUUGAGGAAACAGAAUAGUGACAACCGAAAACCUACCAGUUUUAUGUCAGUGAGCCCAAGCAAGGAGAUCAAGAUCGUGUCUGCGGUGAGAAGGAGCAGCAUGAGCAGCUGUGGCAGCAGUGGUUACUUUAGCAGCAGCCCGACCCUCAGCAGCAGCCCACCGGUACUCUGCAACCCCAAGUCAGUGUUAAAGAGACCAGUGACUUCUGAAGAACUCCUGACACCUGGGGCUCCUUAUGCAAGAAAGACUUUCACUAUUGUUGGGGAUGCAGUGGGAUGGGGCUUUGUUGUAAGAGGAAGUAAGCCGUGUCAUAUACAAGCUGUGGAUCCCAGUGGCCCAGCAGCCGCAGCUGGAAUGAAGGUCUGUCAGUUUGUUGUUUCUGUGAAUGGUCUCAACGUCCUGCAUGUUGACUACCGGACCGUGAGCAACCUGAUUCUGACUGGCCCUCGGACUAUCGUCAUGGAGGUCAUGGAAGAGCUCGAGUACUAAAGAGGAGACUUUUCCCCACUCACCGCUGUGUCAGACGGAUGUGAUCCUAACUACCUGCAAAGAAGAACACAAAACAAUGCAAGGGGAAAGCUGCCUUCCCCGCGUAGAUGGAUGCCAUUGCCCAUAGCUGUCUCCCUUCCUCCUUGGGUUUGCUUUCAUACGUGAUUUAAAUGUGCAAGUGCCCUUUAAGAAACCAAUCCCUUUUUCUCCUUUAAGAAAAUGGACUUACUAGCAUAUAGCGUCGCCGUCCUUUCAGGAUUUUGUCCUAUUUGUAUUCCUUUUACUGCUUUUCUUUUUUAGAACAAAACUGAAAUGCUUCUCUCUCUAAACUUCAAGAUGCCAAAAAUUCUCACGAAUGGUGGGAUAUGUAGAAUUUUCCUUUUGAAAUCUUAGUGAAAUCAGCAUGAAUUAGUACGAUAGCAGUGAUAGAAUUCAAUGAACCUCGUAUCAAAGUGAUACCUGCAGGGGCCUCCGUAAACUAUGUGCCAACUUUUGAGAGAAAUAGAUGGGAAGCGUCAAAAUGUCUGAAAUCCCCCAAGAGUGCCUGGGCGGUCAACUUUUCAUUUAUGCUACGCUUUCCAAAAUGGUAUGGAAGAGAAACUUUUAUAAUGGUUUUUUAAAACACUUUAAAAAAUAUUCUAGAACUCUCAGAAGGUACAUUACCCUUUAGGGGGCAAGUGAUUGUAGGCUACAGAAACUACAAUCUCUUUCUGGAAUUAAGUAUGUUGAAUGUAUAUAGGCAGUCGUUUAUGUCUGUAUAUAUGUAUGUAUGUAUGUAUAUACUUGGUAGAUGGAUAGCUGAUGCUCCAACGAUUUUUGUUCCACUUAAUUAGAAGACCUUUUUUACAGUUGGGGGGGGGUUUGGGGGAGAAAACCCCCCAGGAACUACAGUUUGACCUACAAUGUGAAAAAAAAAUGCAAACUGUCAACCUUCCUCUCUGGGGGCAUGUUUUCCCUUCUAGCAUUAGAUUUCUUGUGUAACUUGUUCUAUGUCCCAGUGGUUGUUUUCCGCUGAAACCAGAGCUUGUUGUGUCUUUUGAGCUUGUGUAUGAACAGGAUGUCUUCCCUUCUGGCAUGAGAAAGAGUAGACUUGGGGUCUCUUGGAAGGAGAUAAAUCCCUGGGGAAAUGAUUCACCGCCUGUGUUUAGGAUAUCCAGGAGUUGCUAUUUACAUCUUCAUUCUUCGUAAAGAAAUUCUUAAUGCAAUUAGAUUGGUAUAUAUAGAGUUGAAUGUCCAUCCACUAAUCCCAUUUCAGAAGGUCUUUCGAUAAGUCAUAUACAGGGACUCUCUUUCUCUCCUCAGAGAUAGAAUACAGGGGAAAGCAGUGCAGAAGAGGGCAUGUGUAUGCUUUGGAACCCAAUACUUAUCUGAACUUCAAGAAUGCUGAACUAGAAAAGAAUUUUUAACACUGAUAACAGUCCUUUGUGCUGCCUGGUAGCAUUUUUAAAGAAUUGCUUUUCUUAGCAUCCUUUAAAUGGAAGUCUUUAGGGAAAAACCAAGAUCUAGACCUAUGGUGAGCUUUUGCAAUCGUUGGUGGUCAACACCUUCUCUGCAACUUAGAUCUUAAAGAGUUGCCUGGACAAUAGAAAAGUUACGUGACUCAACCAGUUGUGUAGGAGACAGGGCUUGAACUCUAUCUUGGCUUUGAGGCUAGGAUUCCACCAAGGGGAAGAUUUCCCUUUUAAUUUUUUUUUUUAGUAUCUUUUAAAGAUGAGGCUAACCUCUUCUAUUACCAGUCCUUAAGGGAUUUUCAGCAUAAAAGAGAAUUCCAAUCAAGAAACGUUCUCCUCUUCUUUUCAUGUCAUAAUGUCCUAAUUACUAUAAUCUUAGGUCACCCACUGCUCUCAUUGCCAUCUUUUGUUCCCAGAAAUAAGGAAGAGCCUUUUUUUUACCUGCAUCAUGAUAUCACCUUGAAUUCCUGAUGCUUUGAUUUUCUUUGCUCAAAAAGAGCUUGACAAAAAGAGCUUGUGUUGCCUGACAACAAAAGAAAAAUGAUUCCUAGCAAAGCAUUGAAUUCUAAUUUGCUACUGAGUGGUGUUUUCCAUCUAUUGUUUCUUGAUCCAUAGAGCUUAUAGGAUCAUGAAUUUAGAGCUAGAAUGGACAGUGGAGAGCAUUUAGCAACCACUCAUUCAAUUGGUCAAUCAAUGAGCAUUUCUUAAAUAUCUGCUGUGUGCCAAAAACUGUUCUAGGUGGUGUGAGGAAAAAAGUAAAACUAAUUUUGUCCUUAAAGAGCUUAUGUUCUAAAGGUGGAGACAACAUGUCCAGAUAUAGAUAUCUAGAAAUAUAUUUACAAAGCAAAUGCAGGGUAGCCUUGAUGAAAGUCCAAUCUCUUCAUUUUAUUCAGUAAGAAAUUUGAGACAAAGGGGCAACGUGACUUUGCCUAAUUCACUUGUAGUAAGAAGCAGAACCAGCAUUCGCACUAGAAAUGUGAACUCAGUUCUUCUGCCCACAAAUCCAGGGUUCCCUUUGCCAUAUCUGGCAUUGGGCAGUGGCCUCUGUAAUCUGCCUCUGGAAGCCAGCUCUCUUGAUGGACCUGGUGCCACAGUUUGAGGAGCUUUGCCACAAAGGGGUUCAGGUAUAGAUUUUACAUAUGUGUUUUAUUUAUGAUUGUCUAACUAAAUAUAGCCCACUGAGCUUAGGUGCUAGAAACAAGGUUUGGUAACCCCCAGUUAUAAAUACAAUCUUUUCUUUUGGUGGUACAAAACAUCUACCUCCCAUUAGAGAAUAAAGUUGUUUUGCCACCAUGCCAGGCAACUGGCUUUCAGUAGGAAACAUUAUGAGAACUUAGGGCAGCUCAGCCAAAUUCUCCUUGAGCACGUUUUAGCCAUGGCUCCAUGUUGACCUUCUCUCUUACACAACCAGUUGGGAAAGACUUCAUUUGCUGCUUCAUCAAUUUAACAAGUUGAUUGAUAAUGCCAGAAAGCUGGGUUAGAAAAGGGAUUCAGUGAUGAGUCCCUUGUAGAGCGCAGUGAUGUCCUCUUCUUUCCUUGGGGGUGUCUGGGGUGUGCUUUAUCCCUCUUCCAUUCAAGUCUGCCAGGAAGUGGACGAGCCAAGGGGACCCAAGGCUGUUGUACACUCAUUGGCAUCUGUAGGUUUUCCCCCUUCGCUCUUUAUUAUAAUGCAGUAAAAGUGGCUGAUAUGUCUUGCUUUCAGGUAAGCAAAAUGCUUUAUACACAUCUCAUUGGAGCCACUGAGACGCUAUCUCUUAGGCAGUCCAAUUAUGAUGAUCUUCUUUUGACUCCUGAGGUUCAAGGACUUGCUUUUGGUCGGAGAUAAGAUUCAAACCCACCUUUUUUGCCUACUCCACACUGGAAUCCCUUCACUACACACACGUCCACGAUCAACAUCAGACCAAGGGAGAGAGCAGAGCUGAUUUGGGAACGAUGUUAUACAGGCACAAUCAUUCAGAUUCCGUUUCCCGGCUAAUGACUGUAAUUAGCCAAUUAGUUUCUGACUGUGACUUUAAUUUUUAAUUAUGAAUAAAGCUUUAAGCCUAACUAAAGCCCGUAAAUCAUAUAGUCAGAGAGCAUCAUUUUGUGGAAGUAUUAUUGGAAAGAGUUAUAGAAAUCAUCUGGUUUAAUCACUUCCUUUUACAGAAGAGGAUACUGAGGCCCAGGAGGUGAUGUGACUUGCUUAAGGUCACACAGCUAGGAUGAAUUAGAAGAACCGGGAUGAAAAUCCAGGUUUCCUAGAGUCCCAGAUGAUUAUUUGUUCUAUGACAUGGUGCUUUAGCCAUAGUACAUUAUCUUAUAUCUGCAGUGGGGUAGAAAGUACCAUUGGCACAUCUUUGCUAUCAGUUUAUAUGAAACAUAAAUGAAUAUAUAUAAUAUGAUGAUGAUGAAAUUAAUAGUGAUAAUGUUAUAAUAAAAUAUCAUAUAAGUGGUAAGUAAAAAGGCAUCCCAUGCAGUUUAUUACCAAUAAAGCAGGUCACCAAUUUACACAAACCUCCUGUCUCAUAUCGUGUGAAAAAUUAGCAAUUUUCAUGUGUGCUUUAUUUUACCAAAUUUUUGACUCAAAAUUCCUUUUCUAAAUCUCACACCUUGUGUGGAGUAAUGGACUGGCAGCCAGGAGAAUAGACUUCUAGUGUUUUUUGUGCUGUUAGCUAGCUGUGGGACCUGAAAGAAAAUGACUUGGCCUCUCUAGAUCGCCGUGUCAAUAGCUACAAAAUGACAGGAUUAAAUAAAUGAUCUUUGGAAUCCCUGCUACAAUAUCAUUAUGUGUGUAUGCAUACACAUACAUAUACGUAUAAAUUUAAAAAUAUUAACUGAACCUAUGAUUUCCAGUGUCUGGAACUCCCGGAGAAGAACUCCCCCUUCUAGUGCAAAUCAGCAUUUCCUCUUCUACAUGUGGUUGUAGAAAGUUGCCCAAGGCACAGAGAGAUGAGAUGAUUUGUUUUCGUUUAUACAGCUAGUACGUGUUAGAGGUUAGAGGUGACAAUUCAGUCCACGUUUUUCUGAUGCCAAGGCCACUUCUCUCCCCCUUAUUCCAUCCUGCCUCUCCUGAUUCUAUAAUAUUUUUACAAAAAUAUUAAACAUAUACGUGGCAUUUGUGGAAUUGUUGCAUUUGCUUUUCCUGCUUCCUUAAACAAUAUUUUUCUUUUUGAAAAAAGAAGUUGGAAGUAAUGUGAUUUAUUUUUUUCAUUUUCAUUACUAUGACAUCUGCUAUCAGCUCGCAUUUCAGCUCUGUGUUUAUGAACUCAGUUCUGUUAUGGACAAUGAUAAAAGGCGAAAGUAUAAGGCCUAUUGUCGGAUAUUUUUGUAUGAAUCCCUGAGAAAUGGGUCUGUGAAUUUAAGUGGGGGGGGGGAAUCAAGGAGUCAAGGAUGAUAGGGGAAAAAUAAGUUGAAAAGUGGAAUCUCAAAAAAUCAGAGAAUAUUAAUGCUAGAAAGUAACUUUGAUGUAAUCUUGGCUAAUCUUGUCAUUUUACAGAUCAAAGAACAGAAGCCUAGAUGAUAGAGGUAAUUUGUCCAAAGUCCUGCAGUUGGCAAGAUCUGGAACUCCCAUCCAGGUCCUUUGAUGCCAGCUUUCUCAAUGUGGCAGUCAGAACAAAAGGAAAUUGAUAUCAAAAUCUAUUUUUUUGUUCUUCAAAUUUGUCUCUUUCCUGUCUAAUUUUCCCUUUCAAACUUGCUGUGGAAAUAUUCUUCUGUCAAUAUCUACUUUUCGCUGAUACUGUGAACUCAAAAUGUUUACUGUUGAAGCCCUGAUACUCCUAAAUCAUUGGUGAUUUUCAUAGCCCCAGAACUUUCUUGUUUAACUGAUUAUCAGAAUGUCAUCCUGGUGCUAUCUAUCAUCCAGGGUACAACUGCCAUAAAGCAUACUUUGGGAAACUAUGCUUUUCUUCAUGGAGAUAUCUUGAAAGACAAACCCACAGAGCAUCAAAAUGGUGAUUGUUAGUCAGGUAUUGAGAUGUGUAUGUAUUGUCAAAUGCUUUAGUAUAUGUACUUAAAGUAGAAAAUGUUGAUUUCAAAAUUCAAUUAAGUCUUACUUGGAUCCUGUUUUUUUUUUUUAACUUGCUGCAUAAAUCCUCAAAAUUAUGGUUUGAAAAAUAAAAUACAUGCAAAGCAACAAAAAUAAAUAAUUUUCAAAGCAGUUUAUUUUUUGUUUCAGCUUUUGCAGUAUUUUAGAAUAUUCGCUAGUUUGUUAUCUCAAGAAACAGUGUAAAACUGAUUUUCUACUAAUCUUAUCAGAUAAAACUCAAGGGACUCUAAACAGGUUAAUAUCUAAUUAGUUAACAUAGAUGCCAGCAACGAAUGUAACCAAUAGUCCGGUUUGUAAAACUGUUUAAUGAGGUAUGUUUUAUGAAACUAUUUUGCUGGGAAAAUCUCCAUUAAAAAGAUGAUUUUGCAUUUGAUCCAGUAUCAUUUUGCUCACUGUAUAAAUAUUAUUGAAUAUCAUGUAUUAUUCA